AUAUCAUACACUAACCUACAUAAUAUGUCAGAACCAGAAGUUAAAAAGGAAUUGACUGAAGCUGAAAAGAGACAACUAUUACGAGAAAGAAGGAAAGCCAAGAUGGCCAAGGGUCAAGCAUCCGAUAGAUUAAACAACAUUUUAUCUCAAGGAUCAUCAGUUAAAACCAAUGUCAAAUCAGUUUUAGACGAAGAAGAAUCGGUUGCCAAGGCUACAUCACCUAGCCUUUCUAAUGAAGAAGAUGACCCCGAAAUCCAGGAUAUUACCUCAAUUGCCAUGCAACCACCCAUAUCACCAACUCCACCAAUUGGUGAAGGAACACCAGAAGAUAUUGAUGCAAUUUUCAAUAAAAUCUUCCAACAACAACAACAACAAUCAGGUGAUUUCAAGGAAGGUGAUGGUAAUGACCCAAUGGCUAACUUAAUGAAGAUGUUUUCUGAAGGUGUGCCAGAACCUGGAUUAUCAAGAGCAACUACUGAAAAGCCAUUUGACCAAGACCCUGCUAUUGCCAAGUAUCAAAUGGAACUUUAUGAAUAUCAACAAUACCAACACAAACUUUGGAAAUUUAGGUUCUUAAUUAUAAGAUUCAUCUGUACUUCAGUUAACUUCUUUUACCAUUUUCUUACUAUCCCUGAUAAUGCCUUCCGUGCUUCCAGUCAUUCAUAUGUGAGAGGUUUAGUUUCCAGUACUCCUGUAAAUACGUUUAUUAUGUGGUUUCUUACAAUUGAAGCAGCUAUACUUGCAUCAUACUACUUUAUAAGUUCUAAAAACGGAUUGUUUCAAACUAGAAAUGAAAAUAGUUUAAUUUUGAAGGGUUUGUCUUUAGGUGCUAUGGUUUUACCUCAGCUCAAUGCAAUUAAACCAAUAGUUGCUAGAGUAUUCCAAUAUCAUGACCUUGUCGGUAUUGUAUUAGGUGAUUUAGCAUUAGUUGUUGUUUAUUUCGGUUUAUUAAGCUUUACGCGUUAGUUAACUAUAUACAUUUUAAAUCUUUCCUUGUCUUUUGGCAGCAAUAAUCUUAUCAGCACUCAGGAAUUGUCUUGUUUUCCAUACGUUAUAUAAUAAUAAUAUUGUACUUGCAAAUGAAACUCCAAACCACGUAACCAAGUAUUGCAUAUGAUUAUUGUUUAAUUUAAUCUUGGGAGUGGCUGCAAUAGGAACACCUUCUUUGAUAAAUUCAAAUUCUUGAAAUUGUAAUGUUUCAUCUUGUUCUGCGAGUUUUGCAAUGAAGGCAUCAUCAUCAGUUACAUUUUGAUCCUUUGAAUGAACCAAUAACCCUAAUAUUGACAGUUUCUUCUUGCUUGUAUUAUCGUCCUUCUUCUCUUUCUUCCACUCGAUAUGAUCACGUAAAUCAUAAAUCAUUUGACAAUAGAUAGGUAAGGAACCAGAUUGCUCAGCCAUAGCAGGAACAUCAGGGAAGUGGAACACUCUUGAUCCCAUUUCAUGUUCAAAUUGUAUGGAAGAUCUAGUGGGCAUGAUUCUAAAUAAUGCUUCAAUCUCAAUUUCUCCUUGAGGCAUGGCCAAAUGUGAUAAAUAACCUGUUUUACGUCUUUCUGGAAUGACCAUAUCCUUAUGGAUCCACCCACGUUCAAUCAAAAUCGGCUUACCUCCAGAAGAUCUAACAAAUGGAGUAACAACAAGAUAUCCAGCAACCCCAUCUUUGAUUCUGGGGCCUAAAAACAUCUCAUUAUCAUAAUCAAAAUGACCCUUAACUUUAAAUUUUCUAUAUUCAAAAUCAGGAAUAACACUAGGAUCCAACACUGCUGGUAAAUCAUCCAUUGAUGGUUGGGCCAAUGCAUUUUCACACUUUGCUAUCAAAUCGGUUUUCCACUUCAACCGCUUAACUUGCCAACAUCCUAACCAAAAUGAAAUUAUUGGCAUGGCAAGCAUCAAUCCUAAGAAGAAUGCUCUAAGUUUAGGUGAUUUGGCUUGUUGUUCAAGCAAGGAUAAAUUUCCAGAUACUGAUUUAAUAGGUUUCCAAUCUAACGUGGAUGUCUUGACCGAUCUCUGGAAUUGCUUUAAUUGACUUCGGGCAUGGAUUAGUCUUUGUUGAGCUCCUCUUCUAGCAAUAGUCCCUAUUCCAACAGAAUUAAGUAACAUGGCUGAUAUUGAAUAUACUUUUGCUUA